UCCUGACAUCGUUAUAUCGCUGACUGCGGCCACAUCCUCGCCCCUGGAUUACAAAACCUGCUUUAUUCAAAGAAAACGACCCUUCCUCAAAAACUGGAGUUGUCUGCGCCUCCGCUGCCACAGUCACUGCUGCUCUGCCACUCGACAAGGACACUUCGACCUCAGUCCGAGUUUCUUUACACCCCAGAGACCCAGACUCAGCUUCCACCAACACCUCAAACUUGAACUUUACAGAGAUGAAGGCUUAUGUGGCAUGGUUUGCCCUUCUUCUGUGCGUCGCUGUUGCAGCCUCUGCCUCAAGUCAGACAUGUGAUCCAACGGAGGUUAAUGACAACCCAUGGGUGUACGUGAGCGAGAUGCUAAUUGGAUGUUGGACUAGCUUCAUCACAGAGGACAAGGCAGAGGUCCACAUCCUUAACCUGAACUUUGCCGCCACGGAUGCCAAGAUGUUCUCUCUUGAGAUGACUAAUGCCAAGCCGAUGAACCUCAUCCUCACAUCAACAGAUGCGGUCUAUGGCCUACACACCAUCAACAACGAUGUAAACAUUUAUAUAAACAAUGACUCCAUAAUUACCCUACUCGCUAAUCAACAACAAGACAACGUCCACAAGCAACACUUCCCCACUCAAGAAGAGGAGCUGGUCAAGUGGGCAAGACAGAAGUUUGGAGGUGUGACUUCAUUCACCACGGUCCGUAAUCUGAAAACAAUCUCAUCGACAGGAACAAAAGGAACCAAACCUGGCUCUGGCCAUUGCAUACUCAGAAAUGAAGAUGCAUUAGAGAAGCACUUUAUGAAGAUUGAAACAGCACCCCUGGCUUCUUCGCUCAAGUCUUGCUCCCCACAGCAGCAGAACCCCAGUGAUGAUUCUGAGCUUCACAUCAUAAACAUCCCAGAGAAUGCCAACAUUCGCAAUGUGUCACUUCGCGUUGACUCUAAGAAGACCAGCGUGCUCCUGAGAGGCCCUCAGGGCACCACAUGGACCUUCCUCAACCCACAACACACCCAGUUUGGUUCUAACAAUGACAUCCUGCUGCCCACCAUCACACACAAGAUUGAGCCUUUGUUUACACUGAACAGCGACAAUGCAGAGGAUGUGCAAAGGAAGGCUUUAGAUCAUUUCAAAGCCACUACUUUCACCAGCUACACUGAACUCAGAUCAGAGGACUCUAUGGUUUUACUGGUUCUUGGAAGAAAAGACAGCGCUGCAGAAAUAGUAACACCACCCAUCCCUCCCAUUACAACUAAUGCCCCUCAUCAGAUGCCGCUGCAGAUGCAGCUGUACACCUCCCCAGACUAUCGUUCCCCCCUGGAUGCUAACACCAAGGUGCAGAGCGACAAGAGAAUUUAUGCAGAGAUUUCAGGGCACACUUUAGGGGAUAUUGUCUUGACCAUCAAGGUGAUCAGCUGCUUUGUGCGCUCCACGGGCUCAUGCCCUGUAGAGAAAAAGCUGCCCUUCAUGCCAGAGGCCUGCUCCUUAAAUUCUUGUCCCAACAGCACCCGACUCAGCUUCUCCUUAGAUCAGCUCCAAGAGCUGACGUCUACCACAUGGGACCUCGAAUGCUCCGUCAAACUCUGCUACAGUGAGAAAUGUGGAGAUGGAGGAAGAGUGAAGAGGAAUCUGGAGGUUACCCAGCCGUGUCUGCAACCACCAUCCCCACCAUGCUUUGAUUUUGGCCUACCUGGUGUUCUGGGCAUUGCUUUUGGAGGGUUCCUGAUUGGAGUUUUACUUAUUGGAGCGCUGUGGUUCAUCAAAAUAAAAACAGGGUACCCUACUAGCCUGGACAUAAGCUCAACUGCAGCAAAUCUUCCUGGUAAGGCAUUUUUCUUGUCUUUUUAUUGGUCCUUUCUUUCGUUUUCAUCAGGUUCUUAUUGGCUUCCCUCUCAUCCUUCUUCAGGAUGCCCCUGCUCAGGAGCAAAACGACAACCUGUCUCUACCAACCCUUCCCCCUCUGAGAACAGCAGCGCCAACGCAAGCAUUGGAAGCACUCAAAGCACACCGACCAGCAGCAUGGCAUGAGAUUAUGGUAAUCUCCACCACCAGCAGAGCCACCGUCUCCCUUCAAAGUCACCUAUACGGGUUUUGUGCUUUUGUUUUCUUUAAUAAUGCUUAAAAAGCAUUUCUCCCUUCCCCGCCCCCAUCAAAUUCUCAUUAAAAAGCACAACCCACGUCUGAGACUCACCAAGCCUGAAAUGGAUGUGAUCUGGGAGUUUGUAAUGGUGGAUCGGGGGGGGAGCUGGGUGACGGAUAACAGAAGUGUAAUCAAUGGCCUCUGACGCUCACCUCUGCAGCCUCUCUGUAAAGUCAAGCUCCUAGACAGGAAGUUAAAGAGGGCAAGAGAAAAAAAAAUAAAUUGGCUCCCAGCAACAGGAAAAACAAACCAUAUCCCCCAAGAGCUAACAGGAAAUUCACUGCAUUCCUUUCGAUGAAUUGUGCUUGUGUGAUGGCAGCACAAUAAUAGUUAGACAGGAGACAGACCAGUCAAAAGACCGACUUUGAAAAACAGAUGAAAAGCUGUUUUGCAUUCACAUCUAAGCUACAAAAAUAAGAAGGGCUUUUGGCUAGGUCAGUCCCAAAAAGUUAUCAACGACAUCUUGGGGGCGGACAAGCUCAAAAUGUCAGGAUCUCAUACCAGUCAAUGAAAUGCUCACUUCAAGGGGUGUUUGUCUUAAUUGGAGUUCGAGGUCAAUAGUUAACAGCUACCUCCUAUUAUUUAGAAGUCAGUAGGUGAGUUUAAACUUAACACUAGACUUCUCUGGUGAAUUGAUCUUAUUUUCUGCCUUUGUUUUUAUUCUGUGUCACUUUAAGUGAAUCUUAUUUUUGACCCUCUGGGUCAUGUGUAGCUCACGAAACAAAGUCAUGGUGCCAUUUUCAUGCUAUCCAAUAGCCGUGUCAGGGCCUUCUUACCAAAGUCAAGUGUUUCUGUGUUUUCUGAAAGUUUCAGAGGAGACUACUUGAUUUCCUAAUUACUCAACAAAACCAAUCCUAAAAUCAUAUUUAUGGCCCAAAGGUAGCUAUAAAUUAUGAAUCAUUAAGGAGAAAAAAAUGUGCUUUUAUUUAUGUGAGCUGAGGAAUAAUCACUUUUCUAAUGUACAGCACAGCAUGCAGAGAUACAUGGCUGUAUUCAGAGCUGAGUAAUGGGCCCAUAAUGAGGAAUCAUUUCCAAAACUCUGCACAUCAGUCUUCAGACUUUUAUAUGGACUUAAGCACCACUCAUGCAGCUACACCCACAGGGUGGAGUUUCCCCAAAAUAGUCUGUCUGGAGGUGAAAUUCCAGUACUUUUCCUUUGCACAUUGUCCAUUCUCUGUCCACCACCAUUCCCAGAUAAUGUCAUAAUUGACAUUAAUACAUACAUACAAAAACACCUUUUUUGAAUAUCUAUAGCAAUAAAGUGUUUUCAGGCAGGCCUAAGCAUAACCUGGAAGAACCAGAUGUUUAUUAUGUAUAAACCAUAACUUCCUAUCUUUAAAGAUCAAGAUAUUAUCAAGUGUCAAACCUGCUGGCUCAUAUUCAGUGUCUUGUCAUUCAAAAUGUAGCUAGCUAAUUUGCUCCCUUGUGAUUGGAGAUGACUGCACAGAAAGGCAAUAGUUUUUAGAGCUCUUAUGGAUAUUAUGGAUCAAUGUGACCAAACUCUUGGUUCAAGUUGUUCAGGAGCAAUCUGAUCAGAUUGGAUUUUUAUUAAAAUAUAAAUGAGUUUUUUCAAAAGGGAUUCUGAAAUUGGAUUGAAUCACUCAAUCCAGUUUGGAUCAUGAUCUGGAUCAAACCAUAAAUAAGUGUUGUUUGAAACUUAUAGUAGCAAUGGGAU